UACCACGGCAACCAGUUUUCGCACACACUAUGCGGAAGGUUUUGGUGUUCGCGUGUAUAUUAUGUGUUGACAUUUUAAUAGUUUAUAUGUUGAACCUCGGAGAAACUUUGCUCAAGUCUCCAACAAAAGGUUUGGACUAUAAUCUGUUACGCCAAUGGGCUGAAUCUGGAUUGCGGUGCACGCUGCUGUACGCGGGGUCUACUUUAUCUAAAGAUGCGGCAGAUCCGUUGAUAAGAAGAUGGAUUGCAGUUCACUGUUUUAUCGGUUCUGUGUACGAAACCGGACGCUUAGCGUUGUUUAACAACUACCGCCUUGAUAAAUUCACUGUGUGGCUUGUCGGUACAGUGGCUGCUGCUUUAGCAUGUCUUUUUUGGGAGAUAACAUUGCCUGACAGGAAUGAAGGGAGUAACGGUAAAGAGCGCAAACAGAGGGCUCGAGUCCUCUUCAUCCGGGUCAUCCGCUUAUACAGGCCAGAUUAUAUAUUAUUAUUUGGAGCUUUUGUCUUUCUGGCCCUAGCUGUGCUAUGUGAAAUGUUCAUCCCACUUUACACAGGAGAGGUGAUUGACAUCUUGGGUUCCCAUUACCAGUGGGAUAACUUUAGAUCAGCUAUCAUUUUCAUGGGAUUGUUUUCAUUAGGAAGGUUGGUAUUAAAUAAAAUUUGAAUUACGAAAAAACUCUAUAUAAUAUCAGAAUUAAUGCUUUUUUUUGUUACUCUCAGCUCUUUCAGUGCAGGUUGUCGUGGAGGCCUAUUCAUGUGUGCAAUCAAUAGCUUCACUUGCAGAGUCAAGGUGCAACUGUUCGGAUCUCUGGUCAGGCAGGACAUUGGCUUCUUUGAGACCAUCAAGACAGGUGAUGUCACCUCUAGACUGUCUACAGACACUACUCUGAUGGGCCGGGCUGUAGCCCUGAAUGUCAAUGUUCUUCUGCGGACACUUGUAAAGACAUUAGGAAUGCUGUAUCUGAUGGUGAGCCUCUCCUGGAAGCUUACACUACUGAUGCUGAUGGAGACACCACUGACAGGCUUACUGCAGAACAUAUAUGAUACACACUAUCAGAAGCUCUCAAAAGAAGUUCAGGACUCCAUGGCACAAGCUAAUGACGCUGCUGGGGAGGCAGUUUCAGGGAUCAGGACAGUAAAGAGUUUCAAGACAGAACUUGGUGAAGCCCGUCGCUAUGAUAGCCGUUUGAUGGAAACUCACAAUCUGAAGACCCGACGGGACACAGUCAGGGCAAUUUACCUGCUAAUUAGGAGGAUGACAGAAUUGGGAAUGAAGGUGGCCAUGCUUUACUACGGGAGACUGUUCAUACAGUAUGGACAGAUGAGCACUGGGAAUCUGGUUUCUUUCAUUCUGUAUCAGCAAGACCUUGGAGAUAAUAUUAGAACUUUGAUCUACAUCUUUGGAGACAUGCUGAAUUCAGUAGGGGCUGCUGGUAAGGUGUUUGAGUACCAGGACCGAAAGUCUGAAGUCAGUAUUGAUGGAAACCUGAUGCCAAAAGAUCUGAAAGGACACAUCAAGUUUCAGAACCUCACCUUCUCGUAUCCCAGAAGACCCGACCACAAUGUGUUAAAGGACUUCUCUCUGGAGCUGAAGCCGGGUCAGAUGACGGCUCUAGUGGGAAUGUCCGGUGGAGGGAAGAGCACCUGUGUGAGUCUGCUGGAGAGAUUUUAUCAGCCACAGCAGGGACACAUUCUGUUAGAUGGACAACCACUGCAGGACUACCAACACAAAUAUCUGCACAGCAAGGUAGCGAUGGUGGGUCAGGAGCCUGUCCUUUUCUCUGGUACUGUAAGAGACAACAUUGCCUAUGGUCUGCAAGGCUGCUCAAUGAAAAGAGUGAAGGAGGCUGCAAGCAAAGCCAAUGCCCAUGCCUUCAUCUCCAAACUGGAAAAGGGAUAUGACACAGAUGUGGGAGAGCGUGGUAAUCUACUCUCAGGAGGUGAGAAGCAACGCAUCGCUAUCGCCAGAGCUCUGAUCAGAGAACCUCAGGUGCUCAUACUGGAUGAAGUGACCAGCUCUUUGGACACUGAAAGUGAACAAAUGGUUCAACAGGCUUUGUCCUGCUGCCCCACCCAGACACUGCUAGUGAUUGCUCAUAGGUUGAAAACCAUUGAGAGGGCGGAUCAGAUUGUUGUGAUUGACAGUGGGGAGCUGGUGGAGAAAGGCACGCAUGAGGAACUGAUGGAAAAGAAGGGAAGCUACUAUAAGCUGAGGGAGAGGCUCUUUAGUGAUGAUCACACAACAAACCAAGACAAAGAGAAAUCUGAUACCGUAAAAACACAGUAGGCCAUGCUGAAAUGCUGUAA